UAUAAUGCUCUUUUGUCACAGCUUCUGCAAACAAGAGAAGCUGCCCAUUACGUUCCAGUCCUGUGUGAUCACGAAGGAGUGCCAGGUGUCGGAGUGGUCGGAAUGGACCCCCUGCUCCAAAACCUGCUUUGACAUGACAACGCCGAAAGGCAAUCGUACGAGAUCACGGACCAUAAAACAGCUCCCUGUCGGCAGCGAGAGCGAAUGCCCGCAGUUAGAAGAAACAGAGCAGUGUGUUUCUCAAGGAGAUGGUGUGGCACCGUGCAUUACGUACGGUUGGCGGACCACGGAGUGGACAGAAUGCCGUGUCGAUCCCCUCCUUAGCCAGCAGGACAAGAGGCGAGGAAAUCAGACAGCACUGUGCGGAGGUGGCAUUCAAACCCGGGAGAUGUACUGCGUGCAAGCUAAUGAAAAUCUUCUCUCCUAUUUAAAUACCCUCAAGGAAAAGGAAGAAAGUCAGUCACAGAGCAAGUCGAAGGCUAGUGCUGCACCUCUGCUAUCGAUCACUUUUGAAAUAACAGCCUCGAGGCCAGUGGACCGCAGACUGUGUACAGGACCUCUUCCCAGCACCUCCCAGCUGUGCCAUAUCCCUUGUCCUACAGAGUGUGAGACCUCGGCGUGGUCAGCCUGGGGACCGUGCACCUAUGAAAGCUGUGACGACCCUCAGGCCAAGAAGGGCUUUAAACUAAGGAAACGGCGCAUCACUAACGAGCCUACGGGAGGCACAGGAAACUGCCCUCACCUGCUGGAAGCCAUCCCCUGUGAAGAGCCAUCCUGCUACGACUGGAGAAUUGUGGGGCUGGAGGAGUGCGUCCCUGACAACGAGAAGACCUGUGGCCCUGGUACCCAGGUUCCUGUUGUCGUCUGCGUCAACAGUGAUGGAGAAGAAGUUGACAGACAGCUGUGCAGAGAUGCGAUCUACCCAAUCCCGGUCGCCUGCGAAGCUCCGUGCCCAAAGGACUGUGUGCUCAGCAUGUGGUCUGCCUGGUCCUCCUGCUCCCACACCUGCUCCGGCAAAACCACAGAAGGGAAGCAGAUGCGUGCCCGCUCCAUCCUGGCGUACGCAGGUGAAG